UUCAGUACAGCUCUCCCCACUCCAUCCGACAGGGGUUUUUUUCUCAUUCUUUUAGCCUGGACACACAGAGAACUGUGAGGAAUACUUUUGAGAGAUCCCACGCCAGGAACAUCCCACGCCAGGAACCAAGGACCCUGCAGCCCUCAUGGCCUCCAGAGUCUUGAUGGGACAAUUCAUUCAGAAAACCACUGAAUACCUGCAAAACACGGUCAGCAGAAAAGACCUGCAGCUUCUGUUGGCCAAAGAGGAAGCCUGGAAAGUGUUGGUGGCAGAGGCUGAACUGUCCAGAGACGAGGAAACCUCACUGUAUAGGGCUCUGAAGCGGCUCCCAGAACUCCCUACCUUAGAGGACAAAGACAGUCUUCAAAAAGAACUGCAGGACAGGAAGAGGUUUUUGGAAGCUUUUCCUAAGUUAAAAAGAAAGCUGCAGAAAAAUAUCAGGAAGCUCCGAGCUCUGGCUGACCACCUUGACCAGGUGCACAGGAACUGCACCAUCUCCAACGUGGUGACCGCCUCCACCAGCGCUGGCUCGGGAGUCCUGGGCAUCCUAGGUCUAGCUCUGGCACCUAUAACAGCAGGGGGCAGUCUGCUGCUCUCAGCAACUGGGUUGGGGCUGGGGAUAGUAGCUACUGUAACUGGAACUACCUCUGCAAUUGUGGAGCGAACAAGCAGGUGGUCAGAUGAGGCUGAAGCCAAGCGCCUGAUGUCAGACACCUUGGACAUUCUGAAUACAGUUCUUGUCCUGGGUCAGAAUGGACUCAAACUUGAUAAAACAAUCUCUAAUGUCAUCAAGCAAUUGAAAUUUUUGGGAAAACAUAUCCGUGCCAUUAGGGUAGUCAGAGCCAACCGCCUCAUGACUUCGGGGAGAACCCCUGCCGCACGUGCUAGACGGGUGCAGAAUACUUUUGAAGGCACUGCUCUAGCAAUGACCCCAAGUGCCAGAAUCAUGGGUGCAGUCACUGCAGGUGCCUUCCUCGCAAUGGAUGUGGAUUCCAUUUUAAAGGAUGCCAGGCAUUUAUGUAAUGGAGCUAAAUCAGAGUCAGGCGAAGACCUGCGGGCCCUGGCUCAGGAGCUGGAGGAAAUGUUGAAAAAGAUUUCCCAGAUCCACAAGACCCUCCUUAGUGACAACCAGCUCAGAGAACAUGGAGGUUGGUGGAGAUGAUCCGGACAGAUUUGAGGCAUGGAGGCAUUCUGUUAAAGGGAGAAUGAGAUGGUCAGUUUUCACUGUCCUCUUGACACAAUCUAGAAUCACGUGGGAAGAGAGGUCUCCAUGAGUGAUCUUCUAGUUCAACAUGUCCUGUGGACAGGCCUAGAUUUUUCUAAAUGACUCUAAUUAAUGUGGGUCAAUUCCUCCACCAUGGGUGGCAGUGCUCUCUAAAUAUGGAUUCUGAACUAUAUAAUAAAA